GAAUUUGACCCCAGGCCGCGUGCCGGGCGUGCCAUCUGCCGCUCCGCUGCAAGGUCUCGCCCGGGACCGAGGCUGGCGGAGCGCGCGCCCGCGAGUAGGGGCCGGGCCGGGGACCCCGCCCAGGCGGCGGCGGCCGGGUCCCCAAGGCUGGGCGCUGCUUGCGGAACCGACGGGGCGGAGAGGAGCGUGGCGGGAGGAGGAGUAGGAGAAGGGGGCUGGUCAAGGGAAGUGCGACGUGUCUGCGGAGCCUUUUUAUACCUCCUUCCCGGGAGUCCGGCAGCCGCUGCUGCUGCUGCUGCUGCUGCUGCUGCUGCUGCUGCUGCUGCUGCUGCUGCUGCCGCCGCCGCCGCCGCCGUCGUCCCUGCGUCCUUCGGUCUCUGCUCCCGGGACCCGGGCUCCGCCGCAGCCAGCCAGCAUGUCGGGGAUCAAGAAGCAAAAGACGGAGAACCAGCAGAAAUCCACCAAUGUAGUCUAUCAGGCCCACCAUGUGAGCAGGAAUAAGAGAGGGCAAGUGGUUGGAACAAGGGGUGGGUUCCGAGGAUGUACCGUGUGGCUAACAGGUCUCUCUGGUGCUGGAAAAACAACGAUAAGUUUUGCCCUGGAGGAGUACCUUGUCUCCCAUGCCAUCCCUUGUUACUCCCUGGAUGGGGACAAUGUCCGUCAUGGCCUUAACAGAAAUCUCGGAUUCUCUCCUGGGGACAGAGAGGAAAAUAUCCGCCGGAUUGCUGAGGUGGCUAAGCUGUUUGCUGAUGCUGGUCUGGUCUGCAUUACCAGCUUUAUUUCUCCAUUCGCAAAGGAUCGUGAGAAUGCCCGCAAAAUACAUGAAUCAGCAGGGCUGCCAUUCUUUGAAAUAUUUGUAGAUGCACCUCUAAAUAUUUGUGAAAGCAGAGACGUAAAAGGCCUCUAUAAAAGGGCCAGAGCUGGGGAGAUUAAAGGAUUUACAGGUAUUGAUUCUGAUUAUGAGAAACCUGAAACUCCUGAGCGUGUGCUUAAAACCAAUUUGUCCACAGUGAGUGACUGUGUCCAUCAGGUAGUGGAACUUCUGCAAGAGCAGAACAUUGUACCCUAUACUAUAAUCAAAGAUAUCCACGAACUCUUUGUGCCGGAAAACAAACUUGACCACGUCCGAGCUGAGGCUGAAACUCUCCCUUCAUUAUCAAUUACUAAGCUGGAUCUCCAGUGGGUCCAGGUUUUGAGCGAAGGCUGGGCCACUCCCCUCAAAGGUUUCAUGCGGGAGAAGGAGUACUUACAGGCUAUGCACUUUGACACCCUGCUAGAUGAUGGCGUGAUCAACAUGAGCAUCCCCAUUGUACUGCCCGUCUCUGCAGAGGAUAAGACACGGCUGGAAGGGUGCAGCAAGUUUGUCCUGGCACAUGGUGGACGGAGGGUAGCUAUCUUACGAGACGCUGAAUUCUAUGAACACAGAAAAGAGGAACGCUGUUCCCGUGUUUGGGGGACAACAUGUACAAAACACCCCCAUAUCAAAAUGGUGAUGGAAAGUGGGGACUGGUUGGUUGGUGGAGACCUUCAGGUGCUGGAGAAAAUAAGAUGGAAUGAUGGGCUGGACCAAUACCGUCUGACACCUCUGGAGCUCAAACAGAAAUGUAAAGAAAUGAAUGCUGAUGCGGUGUUUGCAUUCCAGUUGCGCAAUCCUGUCCACAAUGGCCAUGCCCUGUUGAUGCAGGACACUCGCCGCAGGCUCCUAGAGAGGGGCUACAAGCACCCGGUCCUCCUACUACACCCUCUGGGCGGCUGGACCAAGGAUGACGAUGUGCCUCUAGACUGGCGGAUGAAGCAGCACGCGGCUGUGCUCGAGGAAGGGGUCCUGGAUCCCAAGUCAACCAUUGUUGCCAUCUUUCCGUCUCCCAUGUUAUAUGCUGGCCCCACAGAGGUCCAGUGGCACUGCAGGUCCCGGAUGAUUGCGGGUGCCAAUUUCUACAUUGUGGGGAGGGACCCUGCAGGAAUGCCCCAUCCUGAAACCAAGAAGGAUCUGUAUGAACCCACUCAUGGGGGCAAGGUCUUGAGCAUGGCCCCUGGCCUUACCUCUGUGGAAAUCAUUCCAUUCCGAGUGGCUGCCUACAACAAAGCCAAAAAAGCCAUGGACUUCUAUGAUCCAGCAAGGCACAAUGAGUUUGACUUCAUCUCAGGAACUCGAAUGAGGAAGCUCGCCCGGGAAGGAGAGAAUCCCCCAGAUGGCUUCAUGGCCCCCAAAGCAUGGAAGGUCCUGACAGAUUAUUACAGGUCCCUGGAGAAGAACUAAGCCUUUGGCUCCAGAGUUUGUUUCUGAAGUGCUCUUUGAUUACCUUUUCUAUUUUUAUGAUUAGAUGCUUUGUAUUAAAUUGCUUCUCAAUGAUGCAUUUUAAUCUUUUAUAAUGAAGUAAAAGUUGUGUCUAUAAUUAAAAAUAUAUAUAUACACACACACACACACAUAUACAUACAAAGUCAAACUGAAGACCAAAUCUUAGCAGGUAAAAGCAAUAUUCUUAUACAUUUCAUAAUAAAAUUAGCUCUAUGUAUUUUCUACUGCACCUGAGCAGGCAGGUCCCAGAUUUCUUAAGGCUUUGUUUGACCAUGUGUCUAGUUACUUGCUGAAAAGUGAAUAUAUUUUCCAGCAUGUCUUGACAACCUGUACUCUUCCAAUGUCAUUUAUCAGUUGUAAAAUAUAUCAGAUUAAGUGUCCUCUUCUGUACAAUUCACAAAAAAAAAAAAUUUUUUUUUCUCACUCUAAAAGAGGUGUGGCUCACAUCAAGAUUCUUCCUGAUAUUUUACCUCAUGCUGUACAAAGCCUUAAUGUUGUAAUCAUAUCUUACGUGUUGAAGACCUGACUGGAGAAACAAAAUGUGCAAUAACGUGAAUUUUAUCUUAGAGAUCUGUGCAGCCUAUUUCUGUCACAAAAGUUAUAUUGUCUAAUAAGAAGAGAAGUCUUAAUGGCCUCUGUGAAUAAUGUAACUCCAGUUACACGGUGACUUUUAAUAGCAUACAGUGAUUUGAUGAAAGGACGUCAAACAAUGUGGCGAUGUCGUGGAAAGUUAUCUUUCCCUCUCUUUGCUGUGGUCAUUGUGUCUUGCAGAAAGGAUGGCCCUGAUGCAGCAGCAGCGCCAGCUGUAAUAAAAAAUAAUUCACACUAUCAGACUAGCAAGGCACUAGAACUGGAAAAGACCACUGAAAACAAAGAAUCCAACCCUUUCAUCUUACAGGUGAACAAACUGUGAUGAUGCACAUGUAUGUGUUUUGUAAGCUGUGAGCACCGUAACAAAAUGUAAAUUUGCCAUUAUUAGGAAGUGCUGGUGGCAGUGAAGAAGCACCCAGGCCACUUGACUCCCAGUCUGGUGCCCUGUCUACACCAGACAACACAGGAGCUGGGUCAGAUUCCCCUCAGCUGCUUAACAAAGUUCCUUGAACAGAAAGUGCUUACAAAGCUGCCUUCUCGCAUACUGAAAGGUCGAGUUUUCUGAACUGCACUGAUUUUAUUGCAGUUGAAAAAAAAAAAAAAGCUAUUCCAAAGAUUUCAAGCUGUUCUGAGACAUCUUCUGAUGGCUUUACUUCCUGAGACGCAAUGUUUUUACUUUAUGCAUAAUUCAUUGUUGCCAAGGAAUAUGUGAAGAAACAGCACCUUUUAAUAUAUAGGUCUCUCUGGAAGAGACCUAAAUUGGAAAGAGAAAACUGUGACAAUUUUCAUAUUCUCAUUUUUAAAAAACACUAAUCUUAACUAACAAAAGUUCUUUUGAGAAUAAGUUACACACAAUGGCCACAGCAGUUUGUCUUUAAUAGUAUAGUGCCUAUACUCAUGUAAUCGGUUACUCACUACUGCCUUUAAAAAAAAAACCAGCAUAUUUAUUGAAAACAUGAGACAGGAUUAUAGUGCCUUAACCGAUAUAUUUUGUGACUUAAAAAAUACAUUUAAAACUGCUCUUCUGCUCUAGUACCAUGCUUAGUGCAAAUGAUUAUUUCUAUGUACAACUGAUGCUUGUUCUUAUUUUAAUAAAUUUAUCAGAGUGAA